ACAACUUUAACCACCCACGUAGAACAUGUAUGAUGCUUUGAUGUGUGUAAAAGUGGUUUGGCAGGGUUUUAGUCAAUAUUUCUAAUUAUUUUUAAACCGAUAAGGUUCAGGCGGAACCUUACUCCUACAGCGCUGUUGUACGGACACAUUUCAGAGACGGACCAAACCAGGAAAUGUCGGAAAAUGAACACAGAACCAGCAUGUUUAAUCGUGUUUUUCGUCUUUCGUAGGUGGUUUGAGUGAUUAUUGGAGCUUUUAAAAAGAUGUGGAGGAAAAGCUCGUCCGAGGGCUCUGACCGGUUUGAAUAUUUACAAACUCUGGUCACUGAAUUUCAGGACACCGACAGUGAAGAGGCAAAGGAGCAGGUGCUGGCUAACCUGGCCAACUUUGCGUACGACCCAAAGAACAUGGAGUAUCUGAGGGAGCUGCAAGUCACCGACCUCUUCUUGGACAUGCUCACUGAGGAGAAUGAGAACUUUGUGGAGUUUGGGAUGGGAGGGCUGUGUAACCUGAGUAUGGACCCUGAAUGCAGAGAUAUUAUCCUGCAGAGCAGCGGGAUCAGCUUGGUCACAAAUUGUCUGUCAAGCCGGAGGGAAGAGACCGUCCUGUCAGCCAUCACCAUACUAAUGAACCUCACAACGGCCUCGUCACGCUCUGCCAUCACUGAUCCGGCCAUCCUGCAGUGCAUGCUGCGCUUCUCCCUCUCCGAGAGCCCCCGCCUGCGCAACCUGGCCGCUGUGUUCCUGCAGGACUGCUGCACCGAGGAGCAGGUGGCCCGAGCGGAGCAGCAGAUGCAGGGACAGCAGACGGCAGUCGGUAUCCCGCUGCCCAAGGACUAAGUUACAGCUGAGGUAUCCAUGUGGGAGAUGUUUUGUAUAUACGUGGAUAAGUUUGCUCUCUAUGAGAGAGAAAUAUUUAACACUAUAUAACCAAAAAUAUAUGGAAUUGUCGAACAUCUCACGUCAAAACCAUGGGCGUUAAUCUGCUGCUAUAACAGCCUCCACUCCAGCCUCCAUGUUGAACCUGCAGCAGGGAUUUGUGCUUAUAUUAACACAAGCAAGUUCGGGGCUCUGUGCAGGCCAGUCAAGUUCUUCCACACCAAACUAUUUCUUUAUGGAGCUGCUUUGUGCACAGGAGCACUGUCAUGUUGAAACAGGAAAGGGACAAACACAACCUGUUGACACACAGUUGGAAGUGAUAUUUUUAUAUCACAGAAGAAUUAAUAUUUUCCUCAUUGUUUUGGUCAUAUAGUGUAUUUUUAAAUCUUUUAAUCUAAUUAUGCAAUUAGAGUUUGGGAUUGCAAAACACACCAACAAGAUACAGCUGGGGAGGAUUGGUUAUUACAAGAACCUGGUCACAACCGGUCAGCAGAACUGGGAGAGCUUCAUAUUUUGUGUGCUCCAGUGAUGCCUGCAGCCUGAGUUAUGAUUAUCUUUGUCUUCUUGUGCAUCUUCAUUCCCUUGAAUAUAGAUUUAACCUGUAGAUAUUGGCUGCUGUUCUGCAUUUUCCCUCAAAGUGCACGUCCGAGCAUAUGCUUGAAUUUAAAUGUUGUACUCUUUCCUACCACAUGAGGGAGACGGGAUCGUUUUUGUUGAAGUGAAGGGGCGUUAUUGGCCACACACGGUAUGAGUGCUUAAAAGAUUAAUACAUUUGAUUACUAAUGGCUCAAAAACAGCAUGUGAACAAUUUAAAUUAGUUGACUUUCAAACUGUUUGCCAAGAAAUGUCUAGAGUGUACAGAGAGAAGUGACCAAAUCUCACUGACUAGCAUUAAAAUCACCACCUAUUUUCCCCAAAAAUGUACAUUCCUUUGGCUUUAAAGUGAUUUCCUAAGACCCGGGGCGGAUGCUGGAGCACGUUAAAGCCAACUGGUUGACUCUUGCACUUGGCAUUCUCUAUAAGAAUACCAAGUCCUGAAACAUUAACUCCAAACCCAAAAUAUAUAAAAUAAAAAAUGCUAAAUAAACGUUGAGGUUCCUUAUUAAGAGCCAGGAGCCCCGUUUGUUUUCUUUUGGGCUCUUAAGAGCUAUUUUUGGGCCAAGUCCUUCAGGUCUAGACAGAAGACGACAUCCGAUCCCGCAGCCCAGCGUCAGUUGGACUGCACAUGUAGCCCGGUCAGACUCCAGAGGAAAUUCUUGACAGCUUUGAGUGUGUGUGUGUGUGUGAUGCUCGCUCAUUUUAAACGCCACAAAGUUCUCAUUUUCAAUCUGUGUGUGUGUGUGUGUGUGUGUCUAAGUGUGUAUGGGUUUCUGAAUGGCAUUCCAAGGGCUUAAGAGACGUGCACCUGCCACCUAGAUCAAUAAAAAUACCUUCAUUCUUCCCGUAAAAAGAGAAACACCCAGGCCUGGUUUUAAUAACGUGGUACAAAGUUUAUUUCAAGUUGAUGUAAAGCUUUUUGCAGGUUAAAAAAAUAAGAACUGUGUGGUUCAAUUGACAGUAUACUGUAUGUUUAAUUGAGUGCAGUGGCUCAACUAGACAUCCACUCACUUAUGGAUCAUUCUGUAUCUUUUGCAUUGAACCUAUAUCAUUACACAGUAGGUUUUUAAAGGAUAAGGCUAUAUUUCUAUAUUGCUAUAUUUCUCAACAAAUCCCAUGAAAAGACCAAAACCAACAAUGUGUUCUAAAUACGUCUCUAAAUACUUCCCUACAUUGUGUGUGACUCUCAACCCCAACCCACCGGUGCCAAGUGAAGAUGUAAAUCUUAAAAACAGCUCACAAAUACACAGUUUCAUUUUGUUUUAAAAAGGCUCAGUAACUUACUCAAACAUCUGGGCACUGUAGUUUUUAGCAAAUGUUACUCAAACGGGAGGAAAUAGUGCAUUUUGUUGGGAACUAUUUCCAACAGUGGAUUAAUACAGAUUUGGUGCUCUAGUGAGUAUUUCUGGCAGCAGGACGGUUUAUGUGGGACUAAAGUUGUCAAAAGUAUCGAUACCUUUUCGAUACCAUGUGUUUAAAACGAUAGAAUCUCCGUUAAUUAUACAUUUGAUAGUAUCGAAAAGUACCGAAGUUUAUAAUCUGAUUUUCAACCCGAAGCUGCACGGAUGAAACAACGGGGGAAGAAAAUCAACUGGUCCUCAAUAUGUGUUCAGUGACGUUUUCUGUCCCAGCACUGUGUGCAGGUUGUUAAUUAAAACAAGUGUGCCUACGCUGCCUAGGACUUUUUUUUCUUUUUGCCGUGGUAUCGAAAGAGAUAUCGAGUAUCAUGUUUUUAUACUUGCAUUGUAUCAACCUUAAAAACAACCUUAUCUGGGAUUGAGUUAAAAUAAACUACAGUGUGUGUGUGUGUGUGUGUGUGUUUUGUGUUUUUCUAUACACACACAAUACCUGUUAGGAUCGAUUCAUUGUUGGUUGUGGUCUUUUCAUAGGAUUUGUUGACCGUAAAAAUACAUAAUAUGACUAUACUUACGUCUUUAACUGUUGGUUACAGGAGGAUAAACACAAACGUGUGGCUUCAUACCCAGCCAUCACACAUCUACACACUGUAAGGCUCAGGCUGUCUGCUAUUAUUAUUUCUCGAGAAAUAAUAAUAACAGACAGAUGUUACCUUGCCAUCAGAGCAUAAGCUGUUGUGAUGGCUGGGUAAUGUAAUCCCGAUUGGUAUUUGUGGUACACGAUAUACUGUACAGUCAUUGAUUUCUCUCCAUACACGAGCUGGCCCUCUCAUUUCCCCUUCUCCAGUCCCAGCUGCUUCUCCGCCUCCUUGCGUAGUUUGUGCUUCUGGAUCUGCGAAGAGAAAGAAAAGAUGUGUUUGAAAGUUGUUUCUCCAGGUUGUGAGUCGUGCUGGAGAAGACUGCAACUGGACGCAACAGUUUGAACGUUACCAAUCAAAACUAAAACUCUUAACAGGGAUGUUAGGGUUGAGCGACGGGGUAAACCAUCAGAUUGGUAGCUACAUCUCUGGAUGUAUUCGGACGUUGUGGGUAAUGCUGCAAAUUAAUGAGCAGGACUGCUGUAUGGCAAUAUUGGAUUUACAGAAUUUUUGCAUCAAUGUGAUGAAGUACCUCGACUUGUCAGGUAUUUAUUUAACUGACUAGAUUAGGUAAAAACAGUCAUCUGGUUAUUUUACGUGCAAUCUAUUAUAUUGUGAUACAGUGACUUAAAAUUUAAGGCUGCAACUAAUGAUUAUUUUCAUUAUUGACAAGCUAACCUGGCUCUGUCUAAAAGGUAACAAUCUGCCUACCAACACCUCUAAAGCUCAAUAAUUAACACAUUAUAUAUUGUUUGUUUAAUUUGUACAAAAAUACACAUAAUCCCCUGUAAAACAACAACUUGUCGUUUUUUAUAUUUAGUUUUUUUGUACAGAUUAAGCAACGUGUUGAUUAGAUAGGCGGAUUCUGUUGCAGAGCUGUUUACCCCCGUUUCCAGUCUUUAUGCUAAGCUAAUCAGCUGGUAGCUUCAUAUUUACUCCACAGACAUGAAAGUAGUGUCCGUCCUUUUAUCUAACUCUCAGCAAGAAAGCAAAUAAGUGUAUUUAUCAAAAUGUCGAACUUUUCCUUUUCAUUAACUGUACAGGCAUCACAUCGCAGCCCAAAACAUAACAGAACUGUUUGGUCAAAUGCUUUCCAGAGGUGGGAUCCACAUGUCCUGGAGAUCCCAGCAGCCAAAAAUGCUGCGUUCAAGAGCAGCCUGCAGUAUUAUGGUGUCACUAUCUGGAAUCACUUAGACUGGUCUACUAGGGGAUAAACUAGUCUACAGGCUUUCAAAUGUGACCCCUGUGUUGAUGUUUUGCACCCGGGACUCCCUGGAAAACACUGUUAAUACUGAGUGGAUGAUCCUGGUGAAAUAAAGUUAAAUGAACUGAAGGAGUCUUUGAUUGAGGGGCUGGUUUUAUCUGAUACGCUGCUUUGGGACCAGGUCCGCCGCCCUUCUGGGUUCAUCUAACGAGACACGGUCGGUGUGCAUGCAGACGCACUAACAGCUCCCUUUCCCUCCUGUCUGGGGCAUUCAGGGCAGGCCUGUUCACACACAACGCCAUGUCUGCAGUCAUUUUAAACAGCAUCCCACGAGAGAAACACAAGAACCAGAGGGGAGUCGAUGCUCUUGUGUUGGACUUCUAAUUUAUCACAGACUGUUACAGCAGCUGCUAAUUAUAGAUCUGUUUUUUAGUCUGGAUGCAUAGCAUCUUAAUAAACACAGUAAAAUAAA